GACAGAACAGCUAACGUGGGUUCAUGUCUCAUCAUCUCAUCAAGACCUUGAGGACUCGGGAACCUCGGGCGAACACAUGAGCCUGGGCUAGGAAUGUGGUGUGGCAGACAAGGAUGUUGGCAUCACCGACCAAAGAGAAAACCUUCGCACCCUGGACUCGGCUCUCAACGCUCGUUCUGCUUUUUCCCGGUACGAGAAGGAGCCGUUAGCUGGCCUGAAGCGAGGAGGCCAGAUAUCCCCUGGGGCAUCAUAGAACCAUCUACUCAUUCCUUGCCUCCUGCGAACGCCUGCUCCGCGUCUUUUCCGGUCUUGCAAUUCUGCCAACUCGUCGCCUCCCUCGAGCCGGACUUACAUGUCUCCUCUACCCAUGGAUCCAGACGCAUCGAAUGACGCUUCGUCUCGGUUCUCGCCUGUUGCAUUCAACGACCAUGCCGGACAGUUGUGGAUCGUGACGAUCCUGUCGCUGAUCUACAGCGCGCUUGUGGCUGCGGCAAGGGCGUACAUCAAGUACCAGAUGUUCGGGUUCGAUGACGUCUUGAUUGCUUUAGCAAUGGUCUUGCAUUUAGCGCAAUCGAUUGCCGUGUUUGUUGGCUUGAAUAAUGGCCUCGGCAAGUUCAACUCCAUUACUCCUCCGGAACAAUGGGCCACAUCGUCAAGAUCCACUCUCGCUGCCGUUAUACUCUGCCUUUUAGCCCUGAGCCUCGCCAAAUGCUCGGUUCUGGCCCUCAUCCUACGUAUCAUUGGCUCCAAGACUGGAAAGAGUAAACCGUUUUGCAUCGGGCUCAUGGUCCUCAGUGCAGCAUGGGGUGUAGGCUCCUGCUUGGCGUUCCUGAUCAACUGCCGCGCCAGUACACUAUUGACUCUAGAUAACGUCAAGCAAUGCCCCGAACAGGAUACACGCUGGGCUGUGAUCACGGCAAUUGACGUCUGCACGGAGAUCCUCACCUGGCUCCUGGUGUUACAGCUAUCAUGGACCGUCAGCAUGUCAUUGAACAGGAAGUUUCAGGUGGCCAUGGCCUUCUCAUUCCGCAUACCGCUCAUCGCCUUCUCAGCCAUUCAUCUGGCAUAUUUCGGCAAAUACCCAGAUUCCGCCGAGCCUCAAUUUACGGUCACCAACAGUCUCCUCCUCCAACAGGCCAUGAUUGUUUGGUCCAUCAUUUCUGCCACUGUACCAAACCUGAAGAACUUCUUGAAAUCAUUCUCCAUAGGCAUGGGCUUUCCAAUCGCCUUCGACCUCAGCAUGUAUGGAUCAAGCAAUAUGUACGCACUUCAGUCACUUGAGAACAAUCGCUCCAAGGCCACCUCAUCCGCAGCAGCAGCAGGUGGAGCAUCGACCUCUGUUUCGGUCCAUGAUCGUUCUGAAAGCGAGCGCCGUGGCCGACCGCAGAAUUGGAGGCCGGACCAGGUCUCGAAUCAAACCACAGCGGCACAUAACUAUCGUAAUAAUAGUCGGGAGAAUCUGCCAGAAGAAGAGGAAAGUUACAGGAAUGGCAGUCAAGAGAUGAUUAUCAACAAAGAGGUGGCAUGGCAGGUCACAUACGAGGGUCAACAAUCGAUUAAUCGUUGAGUGCUAGCUCAGCAUGAUUGUUCGUCGUGGAGGAUGGGACGGGUUAUCCGGAUGAAAAAAGCAUGGGUUCAUAGACUUCCAUUUCCACUACUUGCGGUUUCCUCUACAGUUGUUCCUUUCAAAAGUUUUCUCCAACGCCAAAUACGCCACGUUACGUUAUCCUUGUCAGGUACUUCGGAUACAUUCGGGGA